AUGGUUCCUGGGUUACAAAAUACCGCGCUUUUAGCGCGCAUGUCCAUGUAUGUGCGCGUCAAUGGCCGCUAUUUCAGCGGGCGAAGGGCACGGCGCUCCACACCUACCCAGAUGACUGCCCAGGAGAACUUGCUGCUCAGGCAGAAGCUUAAGGAGUUACAGCUGACACAGGCUCAGCCGCCACGCAAGCCGGGAUUUUUGGAUGUUAUAAAGGACGGAGUGCUUCACGGCAUUGGCUGGUCUUUUGCACAGCGUAUGGUUGAUUCAAUUUUCGGACCGCGUACAAUCAACAUAAGCGAUUUCACUAACCACAACAACGAUGUGGAUUCUGGAAACAUGAACACUUUGGACGGUAUGUGUGUACGUAUGACAUGA